GUUUGUCUCUCCUUCUUUCAGGCUCCCUACUCACCAUUAUCGGCAUAGUUCCAUGGCAUUGCAGUUGACGACACAGGCUUUGCAACGUAUACAUGAGCGAGCGACUGACAUAAUGAGUGAUACGCAUGACGUGGACACGUACGGUCAGGUUCUGACGGGCAUUGCUUCCUUGUGUUCGGAUGUGUUGGGGCGAGUGGACUAUGGGCAUCUUAUACAUAUGACCCCCUCUCAGGAUUCUAUGGCAUCGACAUUUACAGCAGCAGCAACUUCUACAUCCCAGAGUCAGCGUGACAUAGUUGUUCUUCAGCCACGACAGCAGCGUAGGCGUAUGCGUCAAGAGCCACAUCUCCAUGACCAAGACGAUAAAAAAUACCAUGAAAACUUGUAGUCUGUCUCCAUUAUUGGACUUAUUCAUGUACCCUGAAUGUGGUAGAAGUUUUUCUAUGUGUGAGACACUUUACUUUUUUACGUAUGUUCAC